CGUUGUACAUGUUGAAAUUUUCCCUUAUUUGUCCUCAAUGAUAGUGACCUCCGUUAGUUUCUUAUCGCCUCAGCUGUAUACCUAAAGAGAUAACACAGCUUACGAAUUCUUGAUCUGUACGGUGUAGCUUUAAUCCCUCACCUUCUUUGCUUAUUCUAGCCAGAAUCCAAAUCACUAAAGUAGUUGCUUCCAGCCUCGGGUAGCUAAUCCCUUCGAUUUCUUUCCCUGUUAUAACCAAAACAAUAGGUCCACAGAGUUGCAGCUUCCGACCAGAGCUCUAGGUCGCCGUCUCAACGCUCAGUGUUCAAGUUCCCAGCCACUGUCGCUGUCUAUUUCCGACGAGAUACCGUUCAAGUUCCCAGCCACUGCCGCUGUCUAUUUCCGACGAGUUUUGUGUGUUUAGCCUUCCUCCUCAAAGAUAAUGAUUGAUGAGCUAUUAUCAGCUAGAAAAAGAAUUACGUUGAAGCCGUUUCCUCCAUUUUUUCUUCACAAAGCCGGGCAGCACCUGGUCAUCCAAAAAAUCCGGUUAUGGCAGUGUGCCUUCAAAUUGGAGACCAACACAGGACAGAGGGUAUCGGGGAAAGUUAACCCUUGGAUGCAUAAGAUUUUUCCACUUCUUCAACUGAUUUGCCACGCCCAAGGGUUUGCUUUGGUAAGAAGUGCAAUCAAAUAAACCCGCCAAGACGUUCUGUUUUUUAUUUCCAUCUUGUGCAUGUUUUCUCACUAUUUUGCUUUUUUAUUCUCAUGAGAUCAAUAACAAAUUUCUUCUCAUUCUUUAUACGAAGUAAAUAAUUACAAGUCUUUGCUUCUCUUCUACCUACGGUAGGGAUUAUUAUUUUGGAUUAAUGAAUGUUAACCUUUCAG